CGGCCCCCUUCCCUUUAAAAGUGAAGCCUGGUUUACUUUGUUCAUUUGUGCUGAAACCUGAGCGACUGGUUUAAUUUACAGUUUAUUUUAAUUCAUAAUCUGAUUCUGAGCUCCGUCUGUAAAGUGAAUCAUGCCCUCAGUGCCUUCCACUCAAGAGAAUGAGAUCUCCAGUCCUGCCUGCCCCUUUGCUGGAAAAAAGACCAACAGCAACUCCACUAUUAGUGAUGUACUGUUCCAGACAAAUGGGAGCGAAAGCCCUGAGAAUGACAUUGAGAAAUGGAUCCGUCCUGACCUUCCCAGCAAGUGCACGUGGAGGCUAGGAGCACCACGUACUGAUUCCCCACACGUUCAUUCACACAGGAAAGCUUCUCCGAGCAUCUUACCCAACAUCCUCACAAAAAUUGGGGACACACCAAUGGUGCACAUCAACAAGAUCAACAAGACCUUUGGACUCAAGUGUGAGCUGUUGGCAAAGUGUGAGUUUUUCAAUGCCGGCGGCAGUGUUAAGGACCGGAUCAGUCUGCGCAUGGUUGAGGAUGCAGAGAGCGCAGGCAUCCUCAAACCUGGAGAUACGAUCAUAGAGCCUACUUCUGGAAACACUGGUAUUGGCCUUGCUCUGGCUGCUGCUGUAAAGGGCUACCGCUGCAUCAUCGUCAUGCCUGAAAAAAUGAGUAUGGAAAAGGUGGACGUGUUGAGAGCUCUGGGUGCAGAGAUAGUCCGCACACCUACCAGCGCCCGUUUUGAUUCCCCAGAGUCCCAUGUGGGUGUGGCUUGGCGUCUGAAGAACGAAAUCCCCAAUUCUCACAUUCUGGACCAGUACCGCAAUCCCAGCAACCCCCUGGCUCACUAUGACACCACAGCUGAGGAAAUCCUAGAGCAGUGUGAUGGAAAAGUGGACAUGCUAGUAGCAGGAGCUGGCACUGGGGGCACCAUCACUGGUGUAGCUCGCAAGCUGAAGGAGAAAUGCCCCAACGUUAAGAUUAUUGCUGUGGACCCGGAGGGAUCCAUUCUGGCUGAACCAGAUGAGCUAAACCAGACGGAUAAGACUCAGUAUGAGGUGGAGGGCAUUGGAUAUGACUUCAUUCCUACUGUACUUGACAGAUCUGUGGUGGACAGAUGGUACAAGUGUAAUGAUGAAGAGUCCUUCGCUAUGGCUCGUAUGCUUAUAAGAGAUGAGGGCCUGCUUUGUGGUGGCAGUUCAGGCACAGCCAUGGCAGCAGCAGUGAAGAUGGCUAAAGAGCUGAAGGAAGGGCAGCGCUGUGUGGUCAUCCUUCCUGACUCCAUCCGCAAUUACAUGACCAAGUUCCUAAAUGACAACUGGAUGUUCCAAAAAGGCUUCCUCACUGCAGAAGACCUCAUGGUUCGGAAGCCCUGGUGGUGGAAUCUCAGGUUACAGAGUUUAAACCUUUCAGCUCCUCUCACUGUGUUGCCCACAGUCAACUGUCAAAAAACAAUCAAGAUUCUGAAAGAAAACGCGUUUGACCAAGCGCCAGUUGUAGAUGAGGCUGGGGUCAUUCUUGGUAUGGUCACCCUGGGGAAUAUGUUAGCCUCUCUGCUAGCUGGGAAGAUCAAACCAUCCGAUCCCGUCAGCAAAGUGCUCUACAAACAGUUCAAACAGAUUUGUCUAACUGAUAACCUUGGAAAACUCUCUCGCAUUCUGGAGAUGGAUCACUUUGCCCUGGUGGUGCAUGAGCAGAUUCAGUAUUUGACAGAUGGGUCUGCCACAAUGAAGCACAUGGUGUUUGGAGUAGUGACAGCCGUUGACCUGCUGAACUUUGUUACAGUUCGUGAAAAACGUGAACGGUCCAUGUCUGAAUGCACAGAUGAGCAGUGAGAAAUGAGCGUCUUCGUCUGGCCAUAGCUCACUUCUAUGAGUCUUGGGGCAUUAUUGGAAAAUGUUUUACGAACGGAUGAUGUUCAAACAUUGUACAGCGAAGGUUUUGUUUUUUUGUGUAAUUUGACAGUUUUGAUCUACCAAAAGAUUUCAAAGAAUUAAGAAACUGCAGUCAAGCUAAAUUUCAAUUUUGAUUAAGUAGUGAUUUGAUUUAUUGCUCAUAUGUACAAUUAAAUAGAAUGAAAACAUGUAAUGGAACUUUUUUUUUUUAGAAAAACUAAAUUGAAUACGUUGUCAUGCUGCUUUCUUUUUCCAGAAAGAUUUUUUUUUUUUUUGCAUUUGAAUAUUAUUAAAUGUUACUGUUUGUACAAUUGUACAAUGUUGCAUUAGAGAAUCAGGGCUCUUAAACACUUUUUUGCUCUCAAUAAGUGCUUUCAUACGA